AUGUCUGGCUCUUCCAGGGUCGCCGCCAUGAAGAAAGUGGUUCAGCAGCUCCGGCUGGAGGCCGGGCUCAACCGUGUGAAAGUUUCCCAGGCAGCUGCAGAUUUGAAACAGUUUUGUCUGCAGAAUGCUCAACAUGACCCCCUGCUGACUGGAGUAUCUUCAAGUACAAAUCCCUUUAGACCCCAGAAAGUCUGUUCAUUUUUGUAGUAAGAUGAAUCUUUCAAAGGUUU